UAGAUGGGCAAUGAAGUGCAACCAUUUCUUCCAGACGAAAUGAUUUUUCUUUUUCUUUUUACUUGAUAAUUAGGAAGAUGGCGUCUGAUAUGUUAUGCAACAACUAUAUAUAUUCAUGUGCAGCGUAGGGUGUUGAAUCUGCAAUGGGAAGUGCAUCCUCCAAGUUUCGCAAACAUCUGCAGAAUGGGGACGAAGUGGCUGCCCUGCAGCUCUAUAGCAACAACAGUGACCUUCGAAAAGGCCUUGACCCCAAUUGCUCCUAUGGUGAUUCCCAUCAGCAUGAAACUCCGCUGCACUUUGCAGGUCGCCAUGGCAUGCGAAGCUUGUUAAGAAUAUUUCUUUAUGAAAAAGGCGGAAAUCCUAACAAGACAAAUGCAAAGAAAGAAACCUGCCUGCACUGCGUGUGCAUGGAGAAAAAUGCACGUUUUUACAAUGUACGACAGCGCCGCGCCGACUGUCUACUGAUGGUUCUCAAGUGGAGAGGGGCGACACUUCAAGAAGGGGAGAUAGAGAAGAUAAAUCUGAAUUGCCAAGACGAGAAAAACAACACUGCCUUGCAUUAUGCAGCUAGUUCAGGACUGAAGAAAUGUGUUGAGCUGCUAGUACAGUAUGGUGCUCCUUUGUUCAUGGAAAACGAAGACAACUUGACACCGUGUGACUGUGCUGACAAGAAUGGUAACUCUGACAUUGCCUUGUAUCUCGAGUCGAAAAUGGUAUUUUCUAACGAUGGAGUGUCGGAAGAUGAAGAUAACGAACCACUGAUUGCGCCUGUUGAGGAAUACUGUGGACUGCGGGCUCAAGACCUCCAAGAGGCGAAGGAUCAGCUGCUGGUUGAAACGGCAGACAUGUUGAGUGUUCCACUGUUUACUGCAGAAGCCUUACUCCGUAACCAUGAAUGGUCAAGAGAAACCUUGCUGGAAUCGUGGAUGACAAACCCAUUUGCCUGCUGUGAGAAAUCUGGAGUUACUCCCCCUCAGACACUCUUCAAUGAGAGACCGGAUGUUCCUGAAUCUUUCAAAAGCCCGCUGUCUAGUCCGUGCAGGUCCGAGCCCCCCAGUCCUGAUGCAGAGUGCGACAUAUGUGCCUCUUCUUUUCUGAUUUCUGAUGAACCCGUUCAGAUGACUUGUGGUCACGACUUCUGCAGAGACUGCUGGGAAACAUAUUUAAAUCUAAAGAUACAGGAAGGUGAUGCCCAUCAUAUAACAUGUCCCGCCUACGACUGUACGAAACUCGUCCCGGUUGACGUCAUUGAGAAUGUCGUGUCACGUGACAUGGCGAGAAGGUAUCUUCAGUUUGACAUAAAGGCGUUUGUGGACAGUAACCCAGACAUGAAGUGGUGUCCGUACCCCGGCUGUGCCCGCGCAGUCAAGCUGCCGGACCUUGACAAUUCAGCGUCGGCCAAUGCCGGGCGUCUCAGAAUACCCAGUGAUACAUCGCGGGGCGUCGACUGCGGAAACGGACACUACUUCUGCUGGGAAUGUUACGGAGAUUCUCACGAGCCGUGUAGCUGUGAAAACUGGGUCAAGUGGACACAGAAAAUAGCGGAAAUUAAACCAGAACAACUAGUGAAUGGAACGGACGAGGAAACAGAGACAGCUGCAAACUGUCUGUGGUUGGUGACCAACUCGAAGGCCUGUCCCAACUGUAAGUCACCCAUACAGAAGAACGAGGGCUGCAAUCACAUGAAAUGUUCAAAGUGUAAGUAUGAUUUCUGCUGGGUGUGCCUGGAGCAGUGGAAGCGCCACAACUCGAGUACGGGCGGCUACUUCAAGUGUAACCGAUACGAGGCCGUCAAGAAGGUGGAAGACAAAACAGCACAGAUGGUCUCCGAGGCUGAGGAGCGAAACACGAAGAUGCAGGAACUGAAUCGUUUUGUUCAUUAUUACACGCGCUUUAAAAAUCAUGAAAACAGUUACAAGCUUGAAGAACCCCUACUGAAGACUGCCAAAGAUAAAAUGAUGAAGCUAGCUGAAGCAGUCACUGAUGCAGCGACUGCGAAUGCGGAGACAAAGUUUGUUGAAGAUGCAGUUCACCAGCUGCUCAAGGCCAGGCGAGUGUUGAGAUGUUCCUAUGUGUAUGCGUUUUACCUUGAUGGACCUGGCUACAAGAAAAUUGUCUUUGAGUUCAUGCAGACUGAACUGGAGGAGUGCACGGAGAUCCUGUCUCAGAUGGUGAACCGCCUGUACCUGCGGACUCCGCGUAAGAAGAUCAUAGACCAGGCUCACGUCUGUAAGAGGAAGCGGCUGGAGUUCAUCACGGCUAUAUCGAAGGGCCUGGUUCCACCGGAAACGCCGCCGUCGCUGAGGAAGAAGAGGAAGAAGAAGUACAGCAUGGAGAUGGAAGAUGAAGAUCUGAGAAAAGCGAUCUUGGCGUCUAUACAGGACGUGGACCCUGCAAACCCGUGGAUCAAAGACGCGUCUGGCCGCCACACGAACGUGAUGGCGUAUCUCGACUGGCCGGCCGACGACUCGGACGAUUCCGACGCUGAACUAAGUCUGGCUCAUCUCAGAAUACAUGGCAAGUGUCAUCGUUCUGGCUGCAGUAGGCCGAGGGCGCCGAACCCACGGACGGGAGAGAUCCACAAUUACUGCAGUCUGUACUGUCUGAGGUGCGACGAGGAGGAAAGACUGGAACAGGAGCAGUCGGAGGAAAUACCUGAGGUCAUUCUUGACGAACACAUGGACCUGCUUCGUGCACUCGAGAUGUCUCGACUUCAGUACCUUCGAGAUACCGGACUUAUACAUGUGCCAGACAGAGACAGUGAUAUGGGAAUAGAUAAAACUAAAGACAAGUGUCCUGUACGACCAAGAUCUAACUCCGAGAGUUUGCCUGUGAAGCCUGACCUGACUCCGAUGGAGAAACUUGACCAGGAGUUACAGAGAGUGUUAGACCUGUCUUCAUCUAUCUCUAAAGAUUCCGACCACAAGAUCAAACUGCAGGUGGACGUACCACAGAGAGUGGACCCGAAGUGCAGCGGUCAGCAUAAGAGGAAAUACAGCGGCAGUCGCUUCGAGGAGACCACGUCCACCCUCGUCCCACGAGUUCCGAACAAGAGCGUCGAAGAUCUGUACUGUGUGGACACGACGAUCCACCCGGUCGCGUGUUCCUGCGACAAAUGUAUCGAGAGUCUCGGUGCGUAUGCUGGGGCGUCGGCGGCAGCACAAUCCGAGAAGGAGACAUCCACCUUGGAGAACAACACGUUCGGCGUCAUCAAAGACCUGUCUGUGUCCAACAUCCACGCGUUCGAGGACGACAAAACACGGGACUUUCUUUCGAAGGAUUUCGCGUCUCUGUUCCAGAAGACCCAGCUGAAGCUAGCCGUGGGUCCGACGACCAACAACCGUAAUGGCGGGAAGCUGUUUGCGGCCAACACGCCGAGCGAAGAGGACAACAUGGCGUGUGUGUUAGCGAGCCCGGAGUCGGAGAGAUCGUCCCUGUCGCUGGAACUGUGGCGGCCGUGCACGACCGAUGGAAUGGUGACCGCGCAGUCACAGCCGGCCGACGAAACCGAUGUCGUGGUGGACGUUGAAACGUCGUGCGGAAGUGGUUGUGAAGACGAGGAAGUGGAGAACAAGGUUGAUGACGUACCGUUAGAGAAUGAAAAACAUGCAGUAGAAGAAUUUAAAGUGGAGGAGACGCCCAGUACAAAGUUACUUUCAGAAGAAGGGGAGAAAUCAGAUGUUGCUGAUGUUGGCGACACGGUGGCUGGAUUGCAAAUUGGUCAAGAAAGAUUUUUUGACGAGCGCUCGUCUCUUCUAGAAAUGGCAGAGAAUUUAGUACAAAUGACAGAGCAACUGAGUUCGCAGAUACAAGCCGGGAAUUUUGUAAACUUUUCAAGCGAACAGAUGUAUAAUGCAUCUGAAGACAGCAUAACCUUUGUGCAAGGCACACAGUCGGUUUUAGAUAUCGCUGAACCCAGUGGCAACCAUAUUGAAACGCAGGCAUCAAGAUUGACGACUGCUAGUGAAGUGAAAAUGUUGGAUGUGGUAUCGGGCUGUUCCACAGAUCAUGAAAAUCAGCUGUCUGGUGUUUCGACUGAUCAUGAAAAGCAUUCAUCUGUUGCUUUGACUGAUUGUGAAAAUCGAGCUUCUGUUUCGACUGAUCGUGAAAAACAGUCGUAUGUUUCAACCGAUCAAGAAAAGCAGUCGUCGUGUGUUUCGAAUGAUCACGAGAAUAAGGCUUCUGUUAUUUCGACUGAUCACGAAAAGCAGGCAUCAAGUGUUUCGACUGAUCGGGAAAAACAGGCCUCUGGAGUUUCAGCUGAUCGUGAAAUGCUGGUAUCAGACGAUGCCUCUCGUGAAAGCAAACCUUCGGACGUGAAACAGCAACAUAAAAGAAAAUUGACCAAGACCAAGACGGACAGGAAAAAGGACAAAGAACCGCAAUCAUUUUUUGUAUGAAAGGUUUUUUUUUUUUAAUAAUAUAUAUUUUUUAGAUUUAUUUAUCAAGUGCUUUUUAUGUCUUUCACCUGAACGUGUAGGAUAGGAUUUGGAAUAUAAUAUACAUUUUAAACGUGAUCUUAAUUUAGGCUGUCUGUAAUUUAUUGUUUAAAGUGCAUAUGGUAUGAAUGUUUUUUUGUUUUGUUUUGAGCUUAUCAGUAACUGAUAAAUGGCAUAAUGCUGUGUGUGUGUAUAUAUAUAUAUAUAUAUAUAUAUAUAUAUAUAUAUAUACACACACAGACAAACCU